AUGGCGACAACGACAGAAAACAUCAGUGUGGACUUGGAUCAGCUCCUCACACGACUCUCAAACACACUCCUCUCCCCGACAGCAGAUGACACGCAUCUCCGCACCACUCCUUAUGAACGCAAUCGCAUCAGUGCUAAUGUCGAAUACGCACGAACUCUCCUCCUCCGCCUCGAACACACUUCCUCGGACCUAAAAAUCGCAACCCAAAAGACCGCCCUACAAUCCUCCCUCCAACAAAAGCGCGACCGCAUAAAACAGCUAAACACCCGGCUCAUCGAAUUAAACCAACUCGCUUCCUCUCAAGACGAUUCCUCCAGUUCAGAAGACGAGGACGAUGAAGACGACGAAACCAGAGCCAGGGAAUUCGCUCCUGCAGUUAGAACAAGCGAUACUCUAGACACAGAUCCAAGUCUUACGUCGCCACAGCAAGCAGCACAAGAUCUGGCAACUACAUUAAGAAAGAGAAACACAAAUGCGUUGGACAGCAAUGCACCCCCGGACACUGCAACAACUUCUGCUUUGUUCGGCGCCCGUACACCCACAAACCUCUCAAAUACAGGAGACAAACUCUCCACCGAACAAAUCCUAGACUCUGCAACUCGCGAUCAAGAUACACUGACAUCCUCGCUCGUUGCAUUAGCGCAAAGGUUGAAGCAAAGCUCCCUCUCCUUUGCCUCUUCAUUGGAGUCUGAAAAGGAAGUGCUGAGGAGAGCGGAAACGGGCUUGGAUAGGAAUAGUAUGGGUAUGGAGGCGGCGGGGAAUAGGAUGGGUAUGUUGAGGAGGAUGACUGAAGGGAAAGGGUGGUGGGGAAGGAUAAGGCUGUAUGCUAUUAUUGCUGGUCUUUGGAUUAUUGCGUUUUUGUUUGUAUUCGCUGGGCCGAAAUUGAGGUUUUGA